AUGUAUGCUCAACAUUUUAGUUUGAUAUUUUUUUUAUUACAAUACAUCUAUCUGCCCCGAUUAUUAUCUAUCUAUCUAUCUAUGAAUAUCAAUGUAUCUGUGAGAGAUAAUAUGUAUAUUUUUAAUAUCAAAUCUAUCUAUCUAUCUAUCUAUUCAUCUAUCUAUCUAUCUAUCUAUCACCGAAUGGUUAAAUAUUGCGAAUCUAUCUAUCUAUCUAUCUAUCUAUCUAUCUAUCUAUCUAUCUAUCUAUCUAUCUAUCUAUCUCAUUCAGUUUUAUCUAUCUAUCUAUCUAUCUAUCUAUCUAUCUAUCUAUCAUCUAUCUAUCUCAUUCUGUUCUUUAUCCAUCCAUCUAUCUAUCUCAUUCAGUUUUUAUCUAUCUAUCCAUUCAUCCAUCUAUCUAUCUAUCCAUCCAUCUAUCUAUCUAUCUCAUUCAGUUUUAUCUAUCUAUCUAUCUAUCUAUCUAUCUAUCUAUCUAUCUAUCUCAUUCAGUUUUAUCUAUCUAUCUAUCUAUCUAUCUCAUUCUGUUCUUUAUCUAUCUAUCUAUCUAUCUAUCUAUCUAUCUAUCUAUCUAUCUAUCUAUCUAUAUAUGUGUGCAUAAUUGCAUUUACACAUGCGCGCACAUGCACAUAUUUAUCUAUAUAUGCCAAUUUUUUACGCUUAGCCUGCGCAAAAUCACAAUGGUGUGGUCCCCAGAUAGGAUGA